UCCGCGCGGCGGCUCCCGGGCGAGGGCGAUGGCCAUGCGGAUGGCUGCGCGGCGCGGGCGGCCCGUGCGGGUGCUGGUGGACAUGGACGGCGUUCUGGCGGAUUUCGAGGCCGGCCUCCUGCGAGGCUUCCGCCGAAGCUUCCCCGGGGAGCCGCACGUGCCGCUGCAGGAGCGCCGCGGCUUCUUCGCCUGCGAGCAGUACCGAGCCCUGCGCCCAGACCUGGCGGACAAAGUGGCCAGUGUGUAUGAAGCCCCAGGCUUUUUCCUAGACUUGGAGCCCAUCCCUGGAGCCUUGGAAGCAAUGCGGGAGAUGAAUGACAUGCAGGACACCGAGGUCUUCAUCUGCACCAGCCCUCUGAUGAAGUAUGACAACUGUGUACACGAGAAGUACCGCUGGGUGGAGAAGCACCUGGGGCCCCAGUUUGUGGAGCGCAUUAUCUUGACGAGGGACAAGACGGUGGUCUUGGGGGACCUGCUCAUUGAUGACAAGGACACCAUUCAAGGCCAAGAGGAGACCCCAAGCUGGGAGCACAUCUUGUUCACCUGCUGCCACAACCAGCACCUGGCCCUGCCCCCCCCACGGAGACGGCUGCUCUCCUGGAGGGACAACUGGAAGGAGAUUAUAGACAGCAAGCGGGGAGCCCUGCAGCGGGACCGAACCGGCCUGGGGCUGCCCCAGGAAUAAGGCGAGGGGCCAUGGCCGUGGACAGUAGCUGAAGGAAGGGAAGGCAGACCAGCAGGGAACCCGGGCAGAACUGAGCGACAGGGCAGCAUCAUGGCAAUGACCCCUCAGCACUGUGCCAGCCACCUGAACCCUCCUGGCAGAGCUGGCAUGGAAACAUGGUGGGAAAAUCAGGAACCUUUUUAAUAAAACACUUUGGCUCA